GAUCUCUGGGCAAUAUCUCCAAGACCUUCUCCGACUUCUCCGAGCCCGACGAGGUCAACAGCUACCUAAACCUCAACGUGACCUCUGCCCUCUGCCUGACCGCCUCCGUCCUGAAGGCCUUUCCCGCCCAGCCUGGCUUCAGCCGCCUGGUGGUCAACAUCUCCUCCCUCUGCGCCCUGAAGCCCUUCAAGAGCUGGAGCCUCUACUGCACAGGGAAGGCAGCUCGGGACAUGAUGUUCCAGGUCUUAGCGGCCGAAGAGCCGGACGUGCGGGUGCUGAACUACGCGCCAGGCCCCCUGGACACCUCCAUGCAGGAAGAAGCCCGCUCCCUCUCAGCAGACCCCGAGGUGAGGCAGGCCUUCAUCCACCUGAAGGAAUCCGGGCAGCUGAUCGACUGCGACGUCUCCGCCCGGAAGCUGCUGGACCUGCUGGUGGCAAACGCCUUCGAAUCCGGUGCCCACGUGGACUUCUACGACCCCUGAGCCACCCUCCGGGGCCCUGCUCCCCUUGGAGGUCCCUUCGCCAUGCCACGGCUUCCUUUCUCAAAAGACCAGGAAUUAUCCUGUCGCUUUUUUCAUGCGUGUUGCAGUAAAUAUCGUCUGCCAGGAA